AUGUCAGACAUAAUAAACGCCAACCCCACAAUCCUCAACCCCUCCGACCUUCCAACCCGCCACUCCGAAUCCCGCAAGAAACAAUCCUCAUCAGCCCACAUCGCCGACAAAAUCUCCCGUCUACCAAACUCAAAAUCCCUUCUCUACGAUCCCUUCUUACCUUCUCCAGGUGAAGACUCUGCCUACUCCUCCGGCAGCGGUUCCGACCAAGACGAUUAUGAAGACGAAACAGCAGCCGAAGAUAUUGACGAACAGGAGAUUUAUGACUUAAUCUCCACAAUCUCCGACCCAGAACACCCCCUCUCCCUCGGCGAACUAGCAGUCAUAAACCUCCCCCACAUCUACGUAACCCACGCCCCUGCAACCCCUCAAAACCCACAUCCAAUGUCCCACGUCCUCGUCGAAAUCACUCCAACAAUAAACCACUGUUCCUUAGCAACAGUAAUCGGUCUCGGUGUGCGAGUAAGGCUCGAACAGGCUUUACCACCGAGGUUUAGGAUCGAUGUUAGGAUUAGAGAAGGGACACAUCAGAGUACCGAUCAGGUUAAUAAGCAGUUGAAUGAUAAGGAAAGGGUGGCUGCGGCUUGUGAGAAUGAGACUUUGAUGGGAGUGUUGAGUAAUAUGUUGGCUACUUGUAAAUAA